ACAAUUAUAGAAGACUGUUAACUGAGAUUGUAAGCCGCAGCCAGGCAAAACGCGUUUCCACCAAAAAAUACCCGGCUUGGUCAAUAUUGGCUUGGUCAAUAUUCGUUUGAAAUCGGAAAUCAAAUAUUGGAAGUCAAAUAUCAAAACGAACCGUUUUCUGUUGAUCUGUUAUCCUAUUUUAAGACAUAAUCCAUAAUCCAAUGACCGAAAGUUCCACGGACCCACAACAUUCUCUCUGCUUCAUAUUGAAAAUGUGUAAAUGUAGGUGGGGAAAGACGGGGUAGUGCAGAAUAGGGUCCGCGGAAAACGAAGUACUCUGUUGGUUCUCUGUCACUCUGUUUUCUGUGGGAUAAGUAAUGAACGAAUCGGUUACAAAUUACCAUACACAGAUCAUCGUACACGGACCAACGACACUUGGGGAAAUCUGUCAAUGUUUCCCUUACCGAAAACGGAUAACGAGCAAGUAAAUCAAAACAAAUAUUAGUUUGCCUGUUUAGUUAAUAACGAUUGGCCACUCCAUAGACACACGGUCAAGCGUUUGUUGUGUCUGCUUGUUUCGUUUUUGACGCUACAAUGAUUUGUACUCAUGUACACGGAUCCCAGCGAAUGCAGGCGGAUGUCAAGCCUAUGUCCGAGGAAACUGGAGGAAACGCCUAACAUACCUUUUUAAACAUAAACAAGACGGAAUGAACGGAAUUGUUGGUUCAUCAUGCCCCCGUUUUGUUCUACUCGUCGUUUAUUCGGGAUUUCUCACUAACGCUCUGAAGGUGAUUGGAGGAAAGAGGACUGUGAUCCUGGGCGAAGAUACUGACCUUUUCUGCAGAUUGUCUGAGGCUGGGGAAUUUGAUCAGAUAACAUGGCAGAAAGAGACCAGGGGAAAUCCCAACAAACAUAAUUUCUUUCUCAUUCAACCCAAUGGGAUUACUAAAGACGUGAAUGGAUUGAAAGGAAGAGUUCUGUUUAUUGGGAACACAUCAGAUUAUCUUGGAUCGAUUCGAAUAAGAAAUGUCACGCUGUUGGAUGAAGGCACCUACACAUGCAUCUUCAGUGUUUCCAGUGGACCAAUCCAAACAGAGAUGUCUCUGACUGUGAUUGUUCCUCCAGUGAUGUCAGUGACCGGUCACGUCUCUCCUGUUGGGGACAAUGAAGUCGUCUUGGUAACCUGCAUUGCUGCAGCUGCCAAGCCAAAGGCAGAAGUCUUUUGGGACACUGGUGCUUUAAACAAAUCAUUGAGGUGGGUGACAAACUCCACCCAGCACGCCAACGGCACCAGUACAGUACUCAGCCAGCUUAUUGGGCUCCCAACCAGAACAGCCAAUCAGAAACAGGUUCAGUGUGUGGUCAACCAGUCUGCCCUGGAAGAAGAAAGAACCCUCUCCUACACCAUAGAUAUCCACUUUCUCUCUGUCUUCUCUCUCUCAGAUCCACCUCAAACAGUAAAUAUUAAAGCAUCCUCCAAGGCCACAUACUUCCUGUGUGUUGCUGAUGGCAACCCAAGGCCAAACUACACCUGGAGGAGAGAUGUCCAGCCAUGGCCUGGGUCUUCUGUCAGAAUAGAUGGAGACACACUGCAUCUCCUCAGUCUCAGCUCUGAUCUGAAUGGUCUCUAUGUCUGUGAGGCCUCAAACCUGCAUGGAAGUACAACUGGCUCCAUUUAUGUACAUACAACCUCUGAGAUCUGUCAAGACUGUUGGAAUCCACUUUUUGUCAUCUUAUGUCUGAUUGUUGCUGCUGCCAUUCUUAUGGGCCAGGUGCCAUUCCUAUGGUCCAUGAACAAAUAUAGGAAAUUGCCUUGUUCAGUGGCCAGUGCACCAGAACAGAUUCCAUCUCUCACAGUUGAAGAGUAC